UUUUUAACUUUAAGUGGCAGUUGGGGUCACCGGCAACGGGCCUGGAACAGUCACUCUCAGCAAGGGUUCUUUCAGCUCUGAUUUUUGUAGUUUCAUGGACUCGGUUGCCUAGCACCACAGCCGUCUGCCUGGUCAUCCUUCCUCGGGGCUCAACUGCUCGGGUGGCCUCGCAGCCGAAGCUCGGCGACGGGGACCGAGACGGGACGAGAAGUUCUCGUGCGAGCUCAGGGGGCGGCGGUGACACCGCCCACCCCGAAGGACCAUGCUACGCGGCAAAUCCCGGCUCAACGUGGAGUUGCUGGGCUACUCGCCCGGCUUGCUCCUGGAGCACAGGCCGCUGCUGGCAGGGCGCGCGCCGCGGAGCCCCCGCCGAAAUGAAAGUUCGUUAGCAUCUACCCUGAAGACGCUCCUGUUCUUCACAGCUUUAAUGAUCACUGUUCCUAUUGGAUUAUAUUUCACAACCAAAUCUUAUAUAUUUGAAGGUGCCCUUGGGAUGUCCAAUAGGGACAGCUAUUUUUAUGCUGCUAUCGUUGCAGUGGUCGCAGUGCAUGUGGUGCUGGCCCUCUUUGUGUACGUGGCCUGGAAUGAGGGCUCACGACAGUGGCGUGAAGGCAAACAGGAUUAAAGUGAACACCACCUUUUGAUAACAUUAAGUUGAUUUUUUUAAAUGUUAAAUGCUUCUGGGGCACUUAUGAUUUGAAUAAAGUUGAAAGAAUAUGUUAAAAUCA